AGUGAAGUUUGACUGCUGACGUCGAUCGGAACUUGCUGCGCUGACGUACAAAAUCGCGAAGUGAAUAAAUAAUAUGGAUGAGACUCCUGUUUCGCCGACAUAUACAAUAGUGCUCAAGACCCUAAUGGAAUUAUACGUUAAUAACCAGCCACAUUUCUUAGAUAUUUCUAAUAUGAGCCAUCUGCUGCAGGUUCUUUCCAAUAUCUAAUUCUAGAUCUUCUUCGAAUACGACCUUUUUGGCCAUGAAACGAUGAUUUGCCACUUCAUUCACAAGCAUUAAUUUGUCAUGAUUCUCUUAAGCGUGCACUUUAUCUGAAAGUCUGAACAGCUGGCUGCGAAAUGGAUUCCCCGGAUUGGAAAUGGCAAGUAAAUCUGUCCUCGCUACAAACAAGUGGGCACCACUGGGCAUUCGGGGAAUAGGGAUAUGGGUAGGAAUGGGGAUAUAUUGUGGCAUUGGCGAAAGGUCGCUAUGCAAAGCCAAGGUCGAGACUUACACCCAGGACAUUGUGUUGUGCGGCUGGCAGUAGAAACGCCCACGCACACGCCCCUGUCAACUGGCCGGGUAAAAAAUAGAAUCAAAUACAUAUGUAUACAGAACAGGAGUUGAAGCAAAGCUCGCAUUUUAUUUGCAUUUGUGAAUUUAUUGCUUUCGGUUACGUCUGCUUCGCCUUGCCACUUUUCCAAACUCGUUGUGCUGCUGCUUGGGGAAUUUUCGGAAAUUCGAAGUGAUUGGGUUUGGAGCAGUAGCCAAGGGCUUCUACUGUUGCUCAAAGCAAUUAAUAUUUGAGAAAAAAUAACGAAAACGAAGUAAGGCGGCAGCAACAAAGCGACCGCAACAGUGGCAACAAAUCGCCCCACACCGCACGUCUUCAGUUUACAACCAAGGACUUGGCACGUUUAAAAUUCAGCCAGCAGCCGCAGCAACGAACACGGACAGUGGGCGGAAUUUAAUUUCGAAAAACAUAUUACUUUAUUGUUCACAUCUUUACCCACCUUCCGAUUCGAGUACAUACGAUUCCACUGAAGCCACUGAAGACUUACUUCACUUAAAGUACAUUUUCUUCAACUUCGUGGGGUCUUUCUAGAACUUAAGACUUAUUCUAACUUAAAAAGACUAUAAAGUUUUUAAACAUUCCGUUGUUUUGUCAAAUUUGAAUAAUUUACGAAUGUGAAUUUGUCGCAGAAGUAUUGCUGAGUAUUAUCUUUAUAAAUUUUUCAUUUUUUAAAGUGACUAAAGAAACAGCUUUAAUGCGUCUUACUUCAUAUUGGUCAUCCCGACCACAGUGCACUGGUUACCAAAGUAUGCGAUAACAAUAACAUCGUCCACUAUGUGGUCGUUGCUGGGGUUACGGGCAGUCAGUCACGGUCACGGCUGCAACCCCUCCGCUCCGGCCAAAACGAGUCCACAGAACAAUGGCCAAGGACGAAGGGGGGGGAGGGGGGAUUCAAUAACAACAGCAGGAACAACAAACAUUCUGCUCCCACGCAAGAGCAGCAGGAACUGUGGCAAAAACAGCUGCUGCAGGAUCAACGAGGUGGGAGUGGAUUCGAGGACUUUAAAACACGAGCCAACUAAAAAUAUUCAGACACGCCGAAGCGAAAAUACCCUUUAGCAGGGGGUUAAUUCAAGUGGGGUAUUUUCCCCUUCUAGUGUUUUUCUUUUACCAGGGUAAUCACAGAUUCUGUUUCUGUGCACUUAAACGGGGUUUAUUCCGUUUCUAAAAAUAUCAAAUGUCUGGAUUGACUUAUUUCUUGGUAUUUGACUAAAAAUAAAAACAAAUAUGCAGCUUUUGGGAAACUGAUUCCUUGUUGACACAAUAGAAACCACCAUAUGACCACACCUUCCACGCUACUGCAAUAACUAGAACAUUUAGAACAACAAACAGAAUGGCACUAUUAUCGGCAAAUGAUGGCGCAUGCAUAAAAAUGAGGAGAUCGAAAGUGGGUGGCUGGGGAUGGGAUAACCUUGUACUUCUUGAGAUAAAAACAGUUCAGUAUUUAGCAGCGGCUUAUUCCUGAAUGUUUAUAAACAAAUCGAGCGAGAGAGCGAUGCAUAAAUGAAAUAUGAGGGGGGGUGAAGGGUGGUUGCAAAGAGGGUGACUUUUCGCAGACGCUGCGGCACCAACACAAGCAAAGCAACGGCAACAAUUUGCACGUAAAACUCAGCUGCUGCUGCUGCUGCUGUUGCCGUUACAUAAGAAACUCUUGCAAAAAGUGCAAAUCUCAAUUCGGUAUGCAAAUGGACCGCUGCCACAAUGUACUCACCGUUUUUAGAAACUAUUCAGUGGCCAAAUUGCGAUUCUGCUUUUAUGCGCCAAUAACAAACGGCUCUUCUCCACCGUUGUUGUUGCUCUCCUCCUUGUUGUUGUGGUCGCAGCUACUGCUUAGCGAAGCAGUUGUUAUUGUUGUUGCGGCAACAGUAAUUUGCAAGUGCACCGCUAUUGUUGAAUGUUUUUAGACGAUUGUCAUGCCAGUGGAAGCUUCCAGUCUGCGUCAUUCGCGGAGACGCGUAGUUUCACGUUCGACGACACAACCGCUCACAGCGAAUUUUGUUUUCGGACUAGAGCUGAGAAACGGCGAAUUUUGGUGCUUCUGGAAACAUCGAUUAAACUAAAACCCGAUAAGUAUGCGACAAGCGGUCACACUCGGCGAUGUGCGAUAGGAUUGCUGCAUUCGAUUAUAUAGUUAUCGAAAAGAGCAAAGAGAAGCCGGAAUAUACGGCAUUAAAAGUGCAUUUUGUAUUAAAAUUAAGAAAAUUAGUAACGAUAUACCGCAGAAUAGGGAGACAUGGCCAACGUGGAAUCUAUGAUUGUGGAGGAAAAGACGCAGGUCAAGCAGAUUGACCGCGAGAAGACCUGUCCUAUGCUGCUCCGUGUCUUCUGCUCUACGGGACGACACCACUCCGUGUCGGAGUAUAUGUUCGGCAACGUGCCCACCAACGAGCUUCAGAUUUACACCUGGCAAGACGCCACCCUGCACGAACUGACCUCUCUGGUGCGAGACGUCAAUCCGGACACCCGGAAGAAGGGCACCUACUUUGACUUUGCUGUCGUGUACCCCAACUUCCGGAGUAAUCACUUCCAGAUGCGCGAAAUCGGAGUGACCUGCACGGGUCAAAAAGGAAUCGAUGAUAAUAAGACACUUGCUCAGGCCAAAUUCAGCAUUGGAGACUUUCUGGACAUCUCGAUUACUCCGCCCAACCGACUGCCGCCAACCGCCAGGCGCCAGCGUCCGUACUGAUUCUUCACUUUCAUCUAUUCUAAUCAUUUUAAUCUUUCACUUGACACUCAAUGGAGUAUGAACAUAAUUAUAAGUGGAAUACAAGUAAGACGAACU